AUGAAAUCCUUUAGUGAUAAAGCCCAAGCUCAACGUAUAAAAUAUAUUAAAGGAAAGCUUGGCUUAAUUAGUCCUGAACCUACCCGAUCUAUUCCUGUUACUUAUGAUGAAGCACAAUUACAAUCAGCCGAAAGUUCAUUGAAGAAAGAAGAAGUAGUAUUCGCGAUCGAAACAUUAGUCGAAUCUCUAAAUGAAGCCAAACGACCACAAUUUAGGGGAUUAAAGUCAAAAAGAAAGGAAGAAUUAUUAUUAAUUUUGCAACAAGUUCGAGAUCUUCAUAAUGCAACUGAUGUUGAUGCGGACGAAGAGACAAAAAAAAAAA